GUGAUGCUCUAGCCACUGUUAGUUUUAGUUCACUCGCAGCAUCGGUUCGGCGACGUCUGCUGAUCGUUUUCUUUUAAUUUCUGAUUUGUAAAGUCUUAAAAAAACCCUUUCACCAUGUCUGACGAUGAAGAAUACACAUCCGAAGAGGAGGUCGUCGAAGAAGUUCACGAAACGUAAGACUGUUACAAAAACCGAAGAUUCCGGAGAUCCAGAAUUUGUCAAGCGUCAAGAUCAAAAACGCAGCGAUCUCGAUGAUCAGUUGAAGGAUUACAUUUCGGAAUGGCGUAAACAACGUGCCAAGGAAGAGGUCGAGUUGAAAACACUCAAGGAAAAACAAGCUAAACGUAAGGUGACCCGUGCCGAAGAAGAACAACGUAUGGCCCAACGUAAGAAGGAAGAAGAAGAGCGUCGUGUUCGUGAAAUCGAAGAGAAGAAACAACGUGACAUUGAAGAAAAGCGUCAACGUUUGGAAGAGGCCGAAAAGAAACGCCAAGCCAUGCUUCAAGCCAUGAAGGACAAGGACAAGAAGGGACCAAACUUCACCAUUCAAAAGAAAGAAGGCGCCCUCGGUUUGUCGGGCAGCGCUAUUGAACGCAACAAGACCAAAGAACAAUUGGAAGAAGAAAAGAAAAUCUCAUUGUCGUUCCGUAUCAAACCAUUGGAAGUCGAAGGUUUGGGCGAAGAUAUUCUCCGCAAGAAGGCCAUCGAACUUUGGGAAUUGAUUGUUAAAUUGGAAACCGAAAAGUACGAUUUGGAAGAACGGCAAAAGCGUCAGGACUAUGACUUGAAGGAAUUGAAAGAAAGACAAAAGCAACAACUCCGACACAAGGCUUUGAAGAAGGGUCUAGAUCCAGAAGCUUUGACAGGCAAAUACCCAGUACGUGGAUUCCUAAAUCCAAAGAUUCAAGUCGCCUCCAAAUAUGAACGACGUGUAGAUACCCGCUCAUACGACGACAAGAAGAAACUCUUUGAAGGUGGAUACACAACGAUUACAUCUGAAUUGGCAAAUAAACGGUGGCAAGAAAAAAAUGACUUUUUUAUGAAACGCACAAAAGCUCGUCUUCCAAAAUGGUUCGGUGAACGACCAGGCAAGAAAGCUGGCGAUCCAGAAACACCAGAAGGUGAAGAAGAUGCCAAGGCCGAUGAUGUCGAAAUCGACGAUGAAGCCGAGGAAGUCGAAGAAGUAGAAGAAGUGGAAGGCGAAGAAGAGGAAGAGGAAGAGGACGAAGAAGAAGAAGAAGAGGAAGAAGAAGAAGAGGAAGAAGAAGAAGAGGAGGAGGAAGAAGAAGAAGAAGAAGAAGAGGAAUAAACUACCAUAUUCACAAAUAAUUCCUUUUCACAAUGUGCAUCCUCUCAACAACUCUCUGCUAUCAAUUCAGACAACAACAUUUAAAAAAAAACACUCAUUAAUGUUAACUCUUGAACCAUAUGUCAAAAGAUAAUAAUCUGAAUGUGUCUGUAUCCAAAAAUGAAAACAAAAAAUGCUUAAAUUUA